UCUAAGGGAAGCAUCAUCAAUACCUCUCAUUCACAGGAUCAUUUGUCUAUACUAUUUCAAAGGAGGAGAUCAUAGAAAACAAAGUUGUCCCUGAUGAUGAUGAACUUUAUCUGUUUGCUGCUUGCAGUCUCAUUCUCAGAGUCAGCUGGUAUGGACGUUGGAUGGGCGCCGGCCCAGUUCCCGGGAAUGUUUGUGCUGGGAGAUUAAUUGGUGGAUAAUGGGAACAAUAACGGCUUGAGCUCUUUGGCAAAAUCCAACUAUCUUCCUUAUGGUAUUGAUUUCGAAGGAGGACCAACUGGGAGGUUCUCCAACGGAAAAACCAUCGUAGAUUUCCUUGGAGAUUUGUUAGGUCUCCCUCUUCUUCCAGCAUUCACUGUAACUUUCACUGGAGAAAGUGCCGUUCGCAGUGGAGUAAACUAGGCUUCAGCAGCAGCAGGGAUCCUUGAUGAAAGCGGACUAAAUCUAGGGGACAGGUUCAGCUUGAGUCAGCAGGUUCGAAAUUUGGGAAGUACAUUGAACCAACUGAGAAACCAAAUGGAUGAGGAGGAGCUGAAUCAGUAUUUGAGAAAGUCCUUAGUUGUGAUGAACAUUGGUAGCAAUGACUACAUCAAUAAUUACCUCAAGCCCUCAUUUUAUUCCUCCAGCUCCACUUACAAUCCUGAAGAUUAUGCUGAUCUUCUUAUAAUGAAUUACGCAGGGCAAAUUAUGGCACCAUACAGAUUAGGAUUGAGAAAAUUUUUGUUGGCGGGCAUUGGCCCCCUUGGUUGCAUACCGAAUCAGCUAGCUACGGAUCUUGCUCCACCAGGGAAGUGUGUAUCUGCCGUUAAUGAUAUGGUGAGAAUGUUCAAUAAGCGGCUCAAAUCUCUUGUUGAUCAGCUAAAUGCUAACCACACCGACGCCGGGGCCAUUUUUGUUUAUGGCAAUACCUAUGGAGCCUUCAAUGACAUACUAGGUAGUCCUGCCACUUACGGAUUCACUACCACGGAUAGAGGAUGUUGUGGCAUUGGAAGAAAUAGAGGGCAAAUGACUUGUCUUCCCUUUUCAAUCCCAUGCUCGAAUAGGGAUGAAUAUAUCUUCUGGGAUGCGUAUCAUCCAACCCAAGCUUUCAAUGAGAUUAUUGCCCAAGAGGCAUACUCAGCCUCCCAAUCUGCUUGCUAUCCCAUCAAUGUAAAACAAAUGGCUCAAGUCUGAUUUCUGCUCCAACUCACGU